CCGCCCACCAGAGACAGUCAACCCGAGACCCCUUAUAGAUUUAAAAAGAGAGGCUGCAUUCUCAGACUGACACUUAUUCAACACUGCCACCUUAAGCAGAUUACUUUUUUGCGCUGCCUGUUUCAAAUACGUAGCUCACUUCGCCUCUCCAUCAUGUCCAGGAUGCUGAAACACCACCUUCACCCGGGCUUUUUUCUUUUGUUCAUAUGGCUUUGUCACCUUAUGGAACAUCAAAAAGUGCAAGCCGGGAACUGCUGGCUGCAGCAGGGGAAGAAUGGGAGGUGCCAGGUGCUCUACAUGCCCGGGAUGAGCAGGGAGGAGUGCUGUCGCAGCGGAAGGCUGGGGACAUCCUGGACCGAAGAGGACGUCCCCAACAGCACGCUCUUUAGGUGGAUGAUCUUCAAUGGCGGAGCUCCCAAUUGCAUACCUUGCAAAGGUGGAGAAUCCUGCGAUAACGUGGACUGCGGACCCGGGAAGAGGUGCAAGAUGAACAGAAGGAGCAAGCCCCGCUGCGUGUGCGCACCGGACUGCACCAACAUCACCUGGAAAGGACCGGUCUGCGGCUCCGACGGAAAGACCUACAAAGACGAAUGCGCACUGCUCAAAGCGAAAUGCAAAGGCCAGCCGGACCUGGACGUGCAGUACCAGGGAAAGUGCAAGAAAACGUGCCGCGACGUCUUGUGCCCCGGCACCUCCACGUGCGUCGUGGACCAGACGAACAACGCGUACUGCGUAACGUGUAAUCGGAUUUGCCCCGAGGUGACGUCGCCAGAGCAGUACCUGUGCGGAAACGACGGGAUCGUGUACGCCAGCGCGUGCCACCUGAGACGAGCGACCUGUCUCCUUGGCCGGUCCAUCGGAGUGGCGUACGAAGGGAAAUGCAUCAAGGCCAAGUCGUGUGAGGACAUCCAGUGCAGCGCGGGCAAAAAGUGCCUGUGGGACGCUCGGAUGAGCCGGGGCCGCUGCUCGAUGUGCGGGGAGACGUGUCCGGAGAGCAGGACGGACGAGGCGGUGUGCGCCAGCGACAACACCACGUAUCCCAGCGAGUGUGCCAUGAAGCAGGCAGCUUGCUCUCUGGGGGCGCUGCUGGAGGCCAAGCACUCGGGAUCUUGCAACUGUAAGUAGAUGAUAAAAGCAACAGAAAAAUACAUGAAAGAAAAGGAACACACAAAAAAAACAGCCUUCUUCCCACUUCGAACAAAAAGACAAUAUCCCAUGUUGCUUAGCCAUCAAAACAACACCCCCAGCCUCCUAAGUGUGUGCCCCCUCCAGAAGAGGAUUUGGGAAGAGAAGAACUUGCAUGAUGUUGUCUUUGUUGCUGGCUUUGGUUCUUUUUUUAAACCUUUUUUUUCUGCAAAAGAUAGUGUUCAUAUCUUUACAGAUCUUAAAUCCAUGGUCCCGUUUGCUCAUCUCUUGGGCAACGGUGUAUUUGUGUUUUCUGUGUUAUUUUUAUCCCCUUUGAUUGCUUUCGGCUGUAAUCAAUCGUAUUCCAACAGCACCGCCUCUAGUGACAUUCACCACACUGACACCGACAUGUCAGUAAGAACAGAGCGCUUUUUAAUACACUCGUACGAUGUGCAUGAGGUGAUUGUAACCUUGGUGGUUAGCGACCAAGACGAUGGAUUUGAACUUAACUGGAGAAGCAGAGCAAGCGAGUAGGAGAGUGUCCCCUUGUUAGUUUCCUCUCUUUCUCCCCGACUGAGUACCUUAAUGUGAUGUGCCUGAGUAAAGCAAUGGAAUCCCAGGGACCAACUUUAGGAUCACCUCAUGAGCGAAAUAUAAAGGUGAUACUUUUACAUGAGCUCGUCAAACACACACCCUUCUCCUCAUCUCAUCUCAUCCUUACAAAAAGACACUCACCAGGUAAUUUUCCUAUGGUGGUACGGUUUCCAGUGAAUGUAUUGUCUACCUGAGUAUGUAUAAGAAAUUACAAAUCUAUUUGGAUUGAAAGGGACUGCCUGAUUUGUUUCUGUUUUUUGUGGAUUGUCAUUUGCUCUCGCUUUUGUGCUUUUUCAUUUUUCUUUUUUUGUGUCCGAUGUAAAUCUCUUCUGUAAAAAGAAAGAAAAUACCUCAGAACUGUGUUGCUGACCUCUGACCUGCUCGCUAAGGCCAGGCAUUGACACAGAGUCCUCCCUCCCUGUACGUUUGAGCCAGACUGUAACAAUCAGAGCAAAGAAAUAGCAAAUCCGAGAACACAACAGCACCUUUUUUUUUUCUGUGUGUGACGUGUGAGUCUGCUUUCAGGGAAUCAUGCCCAAAACAGACUUCAGCCACUGGAACCCAUUCAAUGCCGCCUAGCCCACCCUGUGACUCCCUCGCAGCCCCCUCCCCUCCACAGCCUCCCUUGCACCCUUCUUUUCCAUCGCCCCAUUGUUUUCUCUCGUUGCAGCCCUGACUUGUUACAUCAUUUGAGUGGAAGUUUUAAGAUUCAGGAUGCCACCGUCUUUGUUGAUGCCAAGUCAAAGAGACCCUUCCUCACCCUCUUUACAAAACACACACACUGACACAAACGCAUACAAAGAAACAAAAGGGGGGGCUGUGUGAAAAAUAACAUUCAGUGAUUUUCUGCGCUGUCGUGGUCCAUAUUCAUAUAUCAGCUACCAUAUAUUCUCCCAUAUAGCCAUUACAGAAGACCAGGAGGAGGAUGAGGAUGAUGAGGACUCAGACUACAUGGCCUAUGUCCAUUUAUCUUCUAUACUGGAUGGAUAGGCCCCCGUCACUAGGGGAACAGUCCUAGGGCAAGGGAUCAUGUCCGUACUGUACAUUAUGUGUAUGCUUAUUUAUUUUUUAAAGAAAAAGGAAGUAUACAUAUAGCUCAGUCUUCUAGAUGUUUAUUUAUACUUUUUUGUGUGUGUUUUAUAAUUUAUACAUUUACAAUGUCAGGCUUACUAUCUACCAUGAUAUAUUGUGUGACCACUCAUUUCCCCUGUUUGUUGUUGUCUAUUUUUACUUUCUUUUCUUUCUUUUUUUUUAUCAUGAAGAAAUAUAUUUGUCCAAAGAGAAGCAGUGUUAUUUAUUUGUCAUGUUACCAUGUAAGUAUAAGUCCUCUAUAAGCUGUAAAUUGCCUUCCCUGAAGCUGUAAAAAAUCUGCUUAUUCCUGUCAAAUCUCUAUCACAGAUGUUUAUGUCACACAUACGUAAAUGCAUGUUUAGGCUAUGUGUUUAUUUAUUGGGAAUAUAUCAAUCCUUUUAUGUACAGAAGUGUUUCUGAUUUAUUUACAACUCAUAAGAACUGACCAAAGGGUUAUCUCAAUGGUUUGGCAUAAAAUGAGCAUUGUAAAGAUUGCAACACAGCAGUGAGGAAAUGGAAGAGAAAAAACGAGCCAUUUGUAUUUCUUUUCUCAUUUCAGCCCCUCAGAUUUGUUUCCACUUGGAGACAAAAAACAUGAACCAUUAAUCAAUAGCAUCUAUUUUGUCUGACCACAUUAGAGCAGAGGUGAGUUUUGGACAAUACUUGAUCAUUUUGGAAACAAUGUGCCAUUAACAUUCUUGUGCUGUCUUCUUGCCAAUGUGCUCCAUUUUGCUCCCACAGAGCUAAAAUAGGACUAAUACUGCAGUACUCUUGCUAUAUCAGACUUUCUUUUUGUCUUUCUAAGUUUUUUUGCAGAAUGCAUUUUUAUUUUCAAACAUCACAAGAGAAAUACAAAAUUCUGUUAUGAAUAUAUAGUUUUGUAUUUUUUAUGUAAAUGUCAUAUGUACAUACAAAGUUUGAUGGUAUUUGUACAGAUAUGAAGAGUGAAACAAUAAAAAAAAAAUCCUUACA